UUCAGCUUGUGAAGAAAGAUGAAACGACUUUUGAUGCUCUUUGUUUUCUGCCGUAUCAUGUUUGCAGAUAAACACUCAAUUAAGUUUUUCUUUACUGGAUCCACUGGUCUCACGUUUUUCUCAGAGUUUGAGAUUCUUGUGACGGUCGAUGAUAUUCCUGUUGCCAGCUGCGAUGGUGCCAACAAGACUGUGAAACUGUACUAUGACUGGGUAAAACGUUUCCUCAAUGAUGACCCAGCGCUGCAUAGCUUUUACCAGAAUCAGUGUUUUCAUGUUCAAGCUGAAGACUUCAAAAACGGUCUCACUAUUUUGAAACACAUUUUCAAACAACCAGAAGGUAUCCAUGUUUUACAGAGGAUGUAUUCAUGUGAGAAAGAUGAUGAGACUCAGAAAGUUAAUGCAGUUUGCAUGUAUGGUUACGAUGGAGAAGACCUUAUGGCACUGGAUUUGGAGGCUGAGACAUGGAUCACUCCAAACUCACAAGCAAACCCAAAUAAAACACUGUUGGGCAGUGACAAAGCCAAUAUUUUGUUGGACAAGAAUAUUCUUACCAAGGACUGCCCUGAUUGGAUGGAGAGAUUAUUGAAUGGAGGGAAGAAUAUUCUGCUGAGAACAAAGAAUCCCUCUUUGUCUCUGCUGCAGAAGACUUUUUUCAGUCCAGUGAGCUGCCACGCUACAGGCUUCUAUCCUAAAAGAGCCCUGAUGUUCUGGACGAAAGAUGGGGAAGAGAUUCAUGAGGACGUGGAGCAUGGAGAGAUCCUUCCAAACAAUGAUGAGACCUUUCAGACGAAAGUUAACCUGAAUGUAUCCUCAAUCCGUCCUAAAGAUUGGAGGAGAUACAACUGUGUGUUUCAGCUCCUUGGCAAAGAGGAAGAAACCAUCCAACUGGAUAAAGCAAAGAUAACAAGCAACCGAGAGAAGCCCAGUAACACAAUCAGCCCCAUGACUGCUGCUGUGAUUGGUUCUGUUCUUGUAUCCAUUGCUGCUGCUGCUGGAUAUGUGGUCUAUAAAAAGAAUAGAAACAAAAAUCUGCUUGUACCAUCAUCCUGUAAGAACACCUCCAACACGUCCCAGGACCAACUAAGAGUAGAACCCCACCCCAUAUAUCCAAAGGAGCCAAGGGCAGACAUAGAGAUGGCCGUGCCCACCAGAGAAGGGGAAAUGGGAGCAUCUGGAGCGCAACCACCAAUGGGCCCAAACCCAAAGGGUCAAAACACAGAGGCGACAGUGCUGAGGUACCGUGGGGCCACAGCAGCAAGCCCCUGGACUCCACCAGUGGCCGGUCAAGCCCAAGGUGGACCCAGAUAA